CAUAUCAGUUUCCAAUGAAAACAGAACAAGAACUGAUGGCUUUGCAGAAUAGCUUCUCCAUUGAUGAUGAGAAUUAUGAUGAUGAUGAUGGUCACAUAACAAGAACUGGAACAUGGUUAACUGCAAGUGCACACAUAGUGACUACUGUAAUAGGAUCUGGAGUGCUGUCUUUGGCAUGGGCAGUAGCUCAAUUGGGAUGGAUUGGAGGGACUAUUGCUCUCAUACUCUUCUCCCUCAUCACUCUCCUCACUUCAAUUCUCAUGGCUGAUUGUUAUAGGUAUCCUGAUCCUAUUCAUGGAGCUAGAAACCCCACCUACAUGAAGAUGGUCAAAACCAUUCUAGGAGGAGUUCAAUACAAGUAUUGUGGAAUGGCUCAGUACACAAAUCUUAUCGGUUGUACCAUUGGCUACACUCUCACAGCAGCCAUUAGCAUGGUGGCAAUGAAAAAAUCCAAUUGCUUUCAUAAGUAUGGCCAUGAAGCAGACUGCAAUAUAUCCAAUUCUCCAUUUAUGGUUGCCUUUGGAGUUACACAAAUUUUCUUAAGCCAAAUUCCAAAUCUCCAUGAACUUUCAUGGCUCUCUAUUCUUGCUGCUGUUAUGUCUUUUGGUUAUUCUUCCAUAGGUGUUGGUCUCUCCAUAGCCAAAAUUGCAGAAAGAGGACAUCAUGUUAAAACAGGUCUUACUGGUCUUGUUGUUGGUGUGGAUGUGACAAGGACACAGAAGCUAUGGAACACCUUUCAAGCAAUUGCAAACAUAGCUUUUGCAUAUGCUUUCAGCAGUGUAAUUGCUGAGAUACAGGACACAUUAAAAUCAAGUCCACCAGAAAAUCAAGUCAUGAAGAAAUCAUCCUUCAUUGGAAUCACAAUCAGCACAAUCUUUUAUGCAUCAUGUGGUCUUCUAGGCUAUGCAGCAUUUGGAAACGCCGCACCAGGAAACUUCUUAACUGGAUUUGGAUUUUAUGAACCAUAUUGGCUUGUUGACAUUGGUAACCUUUUCAUCAUUAUUCAUCUGGUGGGAGCAUACCAGGUUAUGGCACAGCCAGUAUUUUCUAUUGUGGAAAAUUGGAUUAGUAGCAGUUGGCCACAAAGUAAAUUGAUGGCAAAAGAAUAUAAUGUAAGAAUUCCAUUGGUUGGUAUAUGGAGAAUGAAUAUGUUAAGAUUGAUAUGGAGGACAAUAUAUGUGAUAAUCACAACAUUGAUUGCUAUGACAUUUCCAUUUUUCAACAACAUUGUGGGUUUGAUAGGAGCAAUAUCAUUCUUUCCUUUGACAGUGUACUUUCCAAUUGAGAUGCACCUCACUCAAGCUAAAGUGCCCAAGUAUUCUUCUAAAUGGAUUGUGAUGGAACUAAUAAGUGGGUUUUGCUUGAUUGUUACUAUUAUUGGUGUCAUUGCAUCAAUUGAAGGAAUCAUCUUGGGUCUCAAGACUUCUAAACCCUUCAAGUUUUAAUUAAGUUCAAUUGGAUUGUAAUUUAGGGAUAUGAGUUUGACAUUUUAACUCUAGAAUGAAUUUGAGAUCUUAUUAGAAUUGAUUGUAAUAUGACUAUUAGUAUUAUUCAAAUAAUAAAAAUGUCCCAUUUCCUUUUUA